AUGGUGAUCUUAAGCAUUUGGUGGAAGUGGAAAAUAUUCGUACUUUCUCGACUUCCAGAAGAUGACGUUGGAGACGUGGUGUUGCGAAAAGAUGGUUCAUACAGUGAGCUUUCAGGCGUUGAGAGAUUCAGAACAGGAUUGUAUGGAGGUGCUACAGAGGAAAUUGAUGGAGGAGGAGUAAACUAA